AUGUAAGAUUCAGAAAAACAGGGAAUUGAUGAUGCUUUAUUGAUGGGCACCUAAAAGAGAGGUAUUGAUUAUUACUUAGAACAACUAAAAUUAACUACCUUUUAAGUUCUUUUUGUUAUUCGUAAUAGUGAAGAUGAAGAAGAGGGAAUGUUUGGAUUCUAUUUUUUCAAUGCUCUUGAUUAUUUUCAGAUGCAUCAAUUUCCAUUUUAUGUUACAAUCUAUUACCUUUGGAAGUAAGACACUUUUAUGGAAUUUAUCACUCAAGUCUAAAACUUAUUUCAAAUAAGCAAUUACAUUCCAAGUUUAACUUAUGAAUCUCUUUUAAUGACUGUCUACAUAUUGCUAUUUUUUAUUUUGUUGAUCAUUCUAGACAUUAUUUAUGUUUCCUACUCAUUUUCUCGUAAUCGAUUUUAUUGGCUCUGGCCACUGUUGUUAUUAAAGAAGAUUACUUCCUUUGUGGUAACUGUAGGAUUUCUACCUAUCACAGAGACCUUGACAUCUAUUUUGUAAUGCUACGUAGAUCCAGACACAGGAAAAUACAUCAUAUAUGGUUACAAUAACAUUUUUGUUGAAUGUUGGCAAGACUGGCACACAUUUCAUGCUGUUUUAGAUCUUACAUUCAUCAUAUUUUUUUCAAUUAUUUGCAGUAUUGUUGCAUAUGCCUUUUUUGAACCAGCUAUGAAUACAAAUGAUAGAUCUGCAAGACAGGAUUCAAAUGGAGAAGUGGCAUUUAUUACAAAUAAAAUUACUUGUUAAUUGAUGUUUAGUUUACUUAGACCGAACUAUCCUGAACAAGCAUGGAUUAUGGUUAUCACUUCCUUUAUUUUAUCACUUUGGCUAUUUAAAUAAUACAAUUUUAACGAUCCUUACUACGAUUUUUAAGUUGGAUUAUUUUAUUGCAUAUGUAGCACACUUUAUUUAUGGGCUUGUUUCAUGUUAUUAGUUUGUAAAAUAUUGGAAUCUACUGAUUUUACUGGAGGAUUUAUUGCCUGGUUGAUAGGUGUUCCAUUUAUAAUUAGUAUAAUGCUGCUGACGAAGAAAUCUAAAAUUGAGACACUCGUUAAAUCUUAAACGAAAUUCAGAAGUGGAGAGUAAAUUUGGAGUCACAUCAGAUAUGUGUUGCAACUAAUACAAAAUUAAGAUAAGGAUAGAAACUCUUAUAUGUUACUUGUUGGUUAUAUAGAAAAACACAAAGAGACUUGCAAUUAUGAUGAUUGUCCCUUAAAAACAAAGUUAAAACAAAGGAAGAAGGGAGGUUAGAAUGACAUUGAUGAAAUUAUAAGAGGAUUGAUCUAAGAAUUAGAUAGGAUGUUCGUUUAAGGUUUGAAGAAGUUUCCAAAUUCAACAUAUUUGAGAAUCUUUUAUGCUUUAUUUUUGAUAGAGAGAAGAAACAAUAAAUCUAAGGCUUUAGAAUAAUUUGAACUUGCUCAAUAUACUAAGCCAGCUCUUUAUUAGGAGUUUAUCAUAUAUCGAUAUAAAAAAGACAUCAGGAGUAAGGGGAUGAAUUCUUAAUAAGGAGAAGACGAUGAUAUUGUAAAUGCAAUUGCAUUUAAAAACUACUUAUCUUUAUGUGAAGAGAAAAUGAAGUUCUCUGCUAAUUUACAUAAGGAAUUUUGGAUUGAAUUAAAGGAGGAUCAACCUGAUUUAGGAAGGUUAAUGAAUAUUGGUGCUAGAAUUAGUAGAGUUACUAAUGAAGCUAGGGAGAAUUAUGAGAACAUGCAAAAAAUCAAUUCAAAUAUGCCAUAAACCAUGUAAGUAUUUGGUAAUUUCAUGAUUCAUGUUAUGAAUGACUCUAAGGGAGGGGUUAAUCUAUUGAAUAAAGCAAGAUAAUUGAAGGAACAUCUAAGAAAAAACUAAUAGGUGCAUAAAGAUAUGAUCAACUUCGAAACCGAUUAAAUCCCAUUUAUAUAUGUUAGUGCUAAGAAGUCAGACACAGGUAAUAUAUUAUAAAUGAAUUCAUUAUUUACUGCUUAUUUUGGAUAUACAAAAGAAGAAAUAGUAGGAAAGAAGAUAAAUGUUCUAAUGCCCUAAAAAUAUGCAGAGAAUCAUGAUAAAUAUAUGAGUAACUUUUUUGAUAAUUUUGUACUUAAUUUAAGAUAGGAGGUAGGAAUAGAAAGUGAAUAUCUGGAUGUUGAUUAAAAUAGGUUAUUUAAACAUAAAAAUGGAUAUCUAUUUCCAUUAACAUAUUAAGUGACAUUGCAUUUAGACUCCCUUGUAUACAUUGCCACUUUCAAAUCGGAAGCUACUCUAAGAACUUAAAUCUAUUUUGUUGUUGACAAAUCCUCUUAGAUUCUAGAAAUGUCUUCUAGUGCCAUAACCUUCUUUGAAUUAGAAAUAAAAAACUUAGGAGACAAAAUUAAAUUGAAUGAUUACAUAGCCGAUGUAUUGACUAAGAAUGCCAAAGAUGUCUUCUCUAAAAUCCCAAAGAAAGAUGGAUUCUAUUAUUUCAAUUGCCAAGUGAAAGAAAUAGUCUUGCCACUCCACAAUCCAAAUGACAGUGAUGAGGAAUAGAAGAAAAGUGAACGCACUGGAUACUAUGUAAUUCGUCUCGAUAAGAUUGAAAAAAAUGAAGCAAAUCUUAAAUAUAUGAUAAAGAAGGGAGCAUAAAAUACUGGCAGUGUUAGCAAUCCAGAUUCAGAAUUGAUAUAAAAAGCCACCUCUUAAUAAAAAAUCACAAAUUUGGCGAAUGUUAGUUAAGAUAGUCAAGUACCUUUAAGAAAUUAAGAUUGUUAAGAUGUCGAUCUCAAUUUAUUUAGUUAUAUGCAAGAAUUAUAUGAAAAUCCACAGGUUGAUGAAAUUAGAGAUCUAUUUAAAUAAUGCAAUGCAGAAACUGAGAGUGUUCCUUCAAUUGAUUUAGCAGGAAGCAUCAUCACCAAGAGAUACAUUAAUGGAUAAAUAGUUAGUAUUAAUGAAGAGUAGGAAUAAUUGUUUUUAUAAAUUUUAGAAGAUGAGGAAGAGGAGAAUUCGUUGUUCAGAAAUUAAGGAAACAAUUUUGAAGAUGAGGAUGACUACAAAUUAUUUACUUAUAAUAAUUCAGCUAAUUUGAUUCAAAUUGCCCUGAAGACUCACCACAGACACCCAGAAAUAACAACUUUUAAGAUUUAUUCAUCUUUAUGGAUUUUUGUAACAAUACUUUUAAUAGACGUCGAUGUCUUAUAAUUAAUAAAUAAUUAAUUGGUUGAAAUCAAUAGAUUGACUUCUAGAGUCUUAGAUUUGGCUGUCUAUUCAGCCAAUCUCUAUACAUACAAUACUACUGAAAUAGCAAAUGAUAUAUCAAUUUCAGCUGCCUCUAUUAUUUAAAUUUCUAAUCACAAUUUUAAGAUGAAUUGUCAUUUAGAUUUUACAAGGAUAAUGGCUAUUACGAUGACACUUUAAGACUUGAAACUGCCUUAGUGGUGUUUUGUUCAUUAGCUUUAAAUUCUUCAGUUACCAGCUAUCAAUACACAUGCAGCUUUCGAUAAUAUUUACUAUUAAGGAGUGAUCCAUAAUUACUUUGAUGUGCUUUACCAGCAAAUAUGUGAUAUUUCAAGCUCUACCUAUGAUAAUAUCAAAGAUAUCAUGGAUAAUCCAUAAGUGAAUCUCUUGAUCUUAUUGUCUGCAUCAAUAUUUGUAUCAGUAAUGGCUAUGGUCAAAUUUAUAUUUCUUAUGUUUGAAAUCAAAACCUAAAGAGAAAAUAUUCUAUUUCUAUUUCUGGAUAUUCCAACCUAUCAUUUAGAUGUUCUUUAUAAGAAAUGUGACAGAUUUUUGAAAAGUUAUGUAAGCAUAGAGGAUUUAUAAAAUAAAUAAGAAUAAUAGGGGUUUGAAAGUUCAGAAGAUGAAAAGGAGUUCCAAGAAGAAAAGAUUGAAGUCUUAAAAGCACCUGAUGAGGAUGAAUCUGAUAUUCUAUUGAGGUAAACUUAAAACAGAAAAAAAAUCAUUAAGAAAUAUAGACAAAAUAGGAUUAAAGGCAAUCAAGGCAUCAUUGUCCAAUUUUUUGUUAUUUCAGUUUUCACUUUGGUUUUCACUGUCUAUAAUAUCUUGGGAAGUCAAUCUUAGUAAUCAUAGAUAAACUUUCUUUUGCCUCAAUAUUAUUAAAGUUUAUACUCGAUCAAUAAUUAUGGUUAUUACAUUAAUAUCUAAAAGUUAAUGAUGCUUGAUUACACAACCAAAAUCAAAGGCAUCCAAGUUUCUGAGUAUGCAAUCAAUAAUCUCACCAUCUUUACAGGGAAUGCUGAAAAGAUGAGCUCGUUUAAUUUUGAUAUUCUAUCUUAACUGUAAGCAUUCAGAGACAAAUAUAUCAAUAUUUACUAUGGCAAUCUUUGUGAAUAAAUAAUCAAAACAGCUGAAGUCGAUUAAUGUUAGCAAAUUAUCAAUUCAAAUUUAUAAUUAGGAAUGUAUAACACUGAAUCUUACUUUUUGGAAUAUUUUAGAAUCAAUAUUCAAAAUUUUUAUUAGAACAUUACUCAAAAAUCAAUGUUAUUAAAUGCAACUCAAUUUUUUGAAAUCGAUAGGGCUUUAUACAAUUAUGUUUAUGAUGCAAUCACUAAUAUAAUUACAUAUGAAAGAGAUCUCAUUUCUAGUGGCAUGGAUAACAUAUAAAACAUUCAAUUAAUCUUAUUAAUAAUCUUUAUAGUACUUUUAGUGUCCAUUUUUUUAUUUGUUUGGAUUCCAUUUUUGAAUGGGUUGAAUACCUAAAUUAACCAAACAAUCGAAAUGCUCAACAUGAUUCCAUUGGAAGUAGUUAAAGAAAAUAAGAGUAUACGUAGAUUUGUAAAAUCCUUAAUAAAAUCAAUGAAUAAAUGA